AUGGCAGAGACAGAGUCCACCACCACCCACGCGCCGCCAGAGUCGCCGCCCCUCCACCGCCACAACUCCAUCACCGGCCCAUCGGCGCCCAAACUCUCCCUCCCCGCCACGCCGCCGCAGCGCACAUCAAGCUUCGAACUUGUAUCCCUUAUGUCCCCCUUCUCCGCCUCCUACACUUCCCUCCGAGACAUGCUCCCUUCGCCCUACGCCGCCGUGAACUCCCCCACCGCCUCCGUGUACUCCGGCCAAGAAAUUUCCAUCCGCAACCGCCUCGUUAAGCAAGCCGCCUGGGCCUACCUUCAGCCCAUGUCCGCCUCCCAAGGCGGCGCCUCCACUCCCAACUUCCUCCGCCGCCUCUCCGCCGCCUGCCUCGGCUUCUUCUACCACCACUUCUUCCCCGUCGUUACCCGGUUUUUCCGUCGAAUGCUCCACGCUCUCAGGGUCCACGUGUUCACACGAUUCUACUCUUGA